UAACAGUAACUGUAUCUGUUGAGGACUAACGGAAACAGCAAGAAUAAGUUGAAUGCACCUCUCUGCUAGCCCUUUCAUCCCAUCCAAACCACCGAGGGGGUCGAAGUCGUGCUGGAUGKUUUUUUUUCGCUUGGCACCGAUGCUUCGCUGCUGGUUCUCCGUAGCGGUGGUUGUCCUCCUCUGUUGUGGCGGUGGUGAACACGGACCAUUCCGGUUCCAGACGCAGGAAGCGAGAGCUAUGGCCCCGGUAGUUCCGGUAGCUCACGCGWUGCGGUUCGAUCUCGGUCUUCCGGGGAUUGGCAGCGUUUCCUACCGCGACGGACUCCUGCGGAUCAAACCCAGCGAGCAGAAGGUUUCCCAGCCGUUGUCGUCGGAWGCAUCCGCUGCCGACCAAUCGUUGCUGUGGAAGGUUCCCGACAGGGCCUUUUUGGGUCCAUCGGCAGCGGCYGAUUGGAAUGCGGAAGGCGGGGUUUCCAUCGAGCACAGGCUCACCGCCGACAAGGGCUACGGCGCCUUUCUGGCACCCUCGCAGGAUCCGCUGCCCCCGGGAACCUUUCUGGGGCUCUACGAGGGGGAGCUGCUUUCGUCCCGUUCCGACCUGGACGGGCUCCACGCCUCGAGGAGGCAAGCGGCRAAAAACCCGGACAUUGUGGGGGACUACGUCAUGUCGCUGGACGGCGGGGGCCACUUUCUCGACGGAUACGACCUCCGGUACGAUCCCACCAACGARGAGUCGUUUCCCUUCACUCCCGCCCACCUCAACCACGCAAGCAGGGACACACCCGGGUGCAAYGUCGUCCGCAGGCUUGUGUACGUUCCGGACGAUCUCCGGGCGCCGGAGRAGGAGGAGUCAUGGCUGCGGGAGGAGUACCCUCGGCGUCUCCCUCGGGUGGCCUUUUUUGCGGGGAGGGACAUCGCCCCCGGCGAGGAACUCUGUUUCGAUUACGGCGACAACUUUUGGUCCGGAAAGGASACAUGAGRCUGGCGCACGGASGAURGGAAACGRACGGUCAAAAGCCCGGUGGACCUUAUUUGGGUUGGCUACCGUGGGCAUUGAUCCCCUUGCCCGCACCACUCGGCAAGCCAGAAACAGAGGUAGUGUGGAAUGGGCUCAACAUCAAGACACUCGGUGCGUCGAGCUUUUGUGMUCUUCAAAUCGAGAAAGGACUCAAGCGAAAAGGGAAUGAAAUGGACACKAUACU